AAUAAAUCUUGUAACCUACAAGCCCCCUUUGAUUGCUUCUUUCUCUCUUCUCACUCUCACAAAAACCCUAAUUUCGAUUUAAAUAAAUUUCUUGCCGGAGCUAGCUACCUGCACAACAACCGGAGUUAGCGAUGGCGAUAGCGGCAGCGGGACAGCUGAACACCGUCGAUGCUCCGACAUGGGGUUCUCGGAGUGUUGACUGUUUCGAAAAACUAGAACAAAUUGGUGAAGGAACUUAUGGUCAGGUAUACAUGGCUAAGGAAAUCCGAACAGGGGAAAUUGUUGCUUUGAAGAAGAUACGGAUGGACAAUGAGAGGGAGGGGUUUCCUAUAACUGCGAUACGUGAGAUAAAAAUUUUAAAGAAGCUGCAUCACGAGAAUGUAAUAAAGCUUAAAGAGAUUGUUACUUCCCCAGGGCCUGAGAAAGAAGAUCAAGGAAGGCCAGAUGGUAACAAAUAUAAGGGCGGCAUUUACAUGGUUUUUGAGUAUAUGGACCAUGACUUAACUGGCCUAGCUGAUCGUCCUGGAAUGAGAUUUUCUGUUCCACAGAUUAAGUGCUAUAUGAGACAGCUUUUGACAGGGCUUCACUACUGUCAUGUAAAUCAAGUACUUCAUCGUGACAUCAAAGGUUCUAAUCUUUUAAUAGACAAUGAAGGAAAUUUGAAGCUAGCAGAUUUUGGGCUUGCACGUUCAUUUUCAAAUGAUCACAAUGGUAAUCUUACUAACCGUGUGAUCACUUUAUGGUAUAGACCACCAGAGUUGUUGCUGGGGACCACAAAGUAUGGGCCAGCUGUAGAUAUGUGGUCAGUUGGAUGUAUUUUUGCUGAGCUGUUGCACGGGAAACCAAUCUUUCCUGGCAAGGACGAGCCAGAGCAGCUAAGUAAAAUCUUUGAACUCUGUGGAGCUCCUGAUGAGAUAAACUGGCCUGGGGUUUCUAAAAUUCCUUGGUACAACAACUUCAAGCCUACAAGGCCUUUGAAAAGGCGUCUUCGGGAGGUCUUCAGACAUUUCGAUCGGCAUGCUUUGGAGUUGCUUGAAAAAAUGCUUACCCUUGAUCCUUCUCAGAGAAUAUCAGCCAAGGAUGCACUCGAUGCAGAGUAUUUCUGGAUUGACCCAUUACCUUGCGAUCCCAAGAGUUUACCUAAAUAUGAGGCUUCCCAUGAGUUUCAGACCAAGAAAAAACGGCAGCAACAGCGACAACAUGAUGAAGCUGCAAAGCGUCAGAAAAUACAACACCAACAGCAGCAACAUUCCCGUAUUCCUCCGCCAAUGCAGCAGCAGUCUGGCCAAGCUCAUGGCCAGAUGAGACCCGGACUUCCAAACGCACCACUACAUGGUUCUCAACCUCAGCUGGUUGCAGGUGGACCUGGCCAUCACUACGGGAAAGGCCGUGGUGGACCUUCAGCGGGACCAAGCAGAUAUCCGCAGGGUGGAAAUCCCUCUGGCGGGUACAAUCAUCACCCAAAUCGUGGCAGCGGCCCAUACCCUCCUCCACAAACAUAUGGUCGGGGUAGUGGUGGUAAUAGUGGCUACGUGGUCGGUCCUUUAAAUUAUCCACAAGGUGGGGGUGGCUCAUACAGUGGGGCCGGUGGACCUGGUGGUAGUCGUGGCAAUGCAAUGGGAGGAAAUCGUGGCCAACAGUAUAAUAACUGGCAACAGUAAGGCUAUGAAGAGGGUGGGUCAGAAAGCUGGUUGUGUAAAUCUCUUAUAUAUAAUGAAAACACACAAACAUACCUACAAAUAAGGUUAUGCAUUUGUUUUUAAAGAGAGAAUAUAUUGCAGUUAUUGACUUAAAUUAUCAUGUUGUGACUGAAGAACUACUACCCAAUGCUUUGAGAUAACGUCCCUAGCAGUUGCUUUUAGACCGUUUAUUUAGGGUUAUCGUCGUCGUCUUGAGCAAGAAAUCUGGGUGAAGCGUUGAUUGUAGUUGUCAUUUAAUUAUUGUACUACUAUUUUUGUAAUCUGAGACUGUUCUUUGGACAAUCUUUUACUAUGAGCCGGUCAUUGACUAUUUAAACCAAAGUUGGUGCACUUGGGAUUCGCGGAUGUACUGGUACUUGUUUUGCUGUUUUUUUUCGCUUGAUUAUUACAUGUGAACCCACAAGCGAAUUUUCGCUGUCAA